GAAAAUGGCGUCGUUACUGUUGGCUUCGGUCCGAAACUGUUCCUGUGUUUUUCGUUGUGUUAACCCGAUAAGGAAUGUGUCUGUGUCAAGUGUGAAAUGUAUACAAGCAAAUCCCGGACAGAAAUCUCUACAAGAAGUCAAGGAAGUUGAACCAACUGAUCUGACACCAGUAGCAACAGUGUCUGGCAUCCCUGAGGAGCAUGUGAAGACAAGACUUGUGCGAAUUUUUGUGCCCACCAAAAAUGCAAUGCAAUCAGGCACCCAUAAUACUCGUAACUGGAGAAUAGAAUUUGAUACCAGAGAAAGAUGGGAAAAUCCACUUAUUGGAUGGUCAUCAAGUGCUGAUCCAUUGUCCAAUUUAUCAGUGCCAUUUAAAAGUAAAGAAGCUGCUAUCAAGUUUGCAGAAAAGAAUGGCUGGAGAUAUGAAGUUGAAGAAAAACAUGAACGUACACCGAAAGUCAAAAGCUAUGGUGCUAACUUCUCAUGGGAUAAGAAAACCAGAGUUACUUCAAAAUAACAUUAUCUUUAAAUUUAUUAUCUUAGAUGAGUGUAGAAUUAGAUUGACUGGAUGUGAUGGCUUUUAUAGAUAAUGCUCCUCACUUGGCCAGCUGCUGGUAGCAGAACUUUAUGUGAACUAUGUCACUUGCUAUAUCCACUAUUAUAAUGAUUUACCGCUUAUUGACCUUUUGUUUUAAUUUACUUUAUGCAUGUUUCAGUAGAUGUGGCCAAGUUGUUGAAAUACCAGCUUACAUAUUAUGUAAAUAAAAGAAAUGUUGUUGUUGCAUUUUGUAUGCAUUUCUGAUUGGACAACAUGGCACUGUUUACACUGUUACACCAAUGUGCUUGAGUCAUUGUGAAACUACUUACAAGACUGUGUCUGAUUGGACAUCUAACAGACCAAUCAAUUGUUUGUUGACUGGAUUUGUUGACACAUUAAAUUCUGCCUUGUAUACA